AUGACCAACGGUCUUGGUUGGGGAGAUAGAAAGCAAUUAGGCCUUCGAAUGGAUGCAUAUGGACAUGGGUCAAAACUGGGGUGCCCUUUGGUUACGUUUGUCUCAUUCCUAUUUACCACCACCACCCCGACAACCAUGGCCAAAGGCGAGGACUCCUCAUCCACGUCCAAGAAGAAGCGCGACGACGACGAACCUAUGCUCGAGGAUGUUGUUUCAAAGCCGCUGCAGCUUCAGCGCCGCCGCGUUUGGCGGGCAUGUGAGAGUUGCAGGCGCAAGAAGAUUAAGUGCGAUGGAUGCGAGCCCACCUGUUCCCAAUGCUCUAUGUCGGGCUCCCAGUGCACCUGGCUGCAGACCAAGGAUCGCGCAGCCUUGAGUCGCCACUACGUGCAAGAGCUUGAAGCUCGUCUGCUCCACAUGGAAAAUAUCUUUGCCCAAAUCGCCCCUGCCCUUGAGCAGCACAUGGCGCCUUCCUCUAACGGCUCUCCCCAUGCUGGUCUGCCGGGAUCCAUCGAUCCAGAGACCUUGGCACCAGCGGCAGCCAUCCUCCGCUCAAUAGCGCCAAAAACACAAGUGGCAGAGUCGACCACCACCUCUUCGCCGCCCCCACAGAAAUCGGAGGAUGACGUUAGCGAGCUUUUCGGACAGCUUGCGCUCGACGAGUACGGCCAUAUGCGUUGGAUUGGUGGCUCGUCGACUAUGUCUCUUAUUCAGUCGUUCAAAGCGCUGACGUCCUCUCCGUUGCAUCGUAUCUCCCCUAUGGAAGAGGAUCCUCAAGCGCCUGGGCCGAGCGUCAAUAAGCUCUACUUCCCCGCUGCCGUCUUUUUCGGCAAGGUCCAUGCACUCCCAGGACCUGAGGAAGUGGAAUUCCCUCCUCGCGACCUCGCCGACAAGCUUGUCGAGGCCUAUUUUACGCGUCUUCACUUCCUAAUGCCCGUCAUAGACAAACCAUCCUUCACUCGGAAGUACACCCACCUCAUGGACAACCAGAGCAACGUGGACCUCAUCCGCGCAGAGCCUGCCUUCAUGUCGUUGGUUUUCGCAGUCUUCGCCUGUGCGGCCAAUCUCGUCCAGGACCCACGUCUGGCAACAUCGGAGCGUAAGGACGAUGGAGGAAUGGGGAUGGUCUAUUAUGAACGUGCACUCAUCCUCCAGUAUAUCAGUCACCCAAACAUCCAAGUCGCUCAUGUUCAGUGCUUCAUUUUGAUGUCGUCAUUCUUGUGUUCAGUCAACUGCCUUCCUCAAGCAUGGAUCCUUAUAGGGCAGGCCGUUCGAGCUGGUCAAGACCUUGGACUUCACCGUUCUCCCCGACGCCUUCUUGUCGGUCCUUUAGAAAAGGAAACUCGACGCAAGAUUUGGUGGGGAGUCUAUGCCCUGGAUCGAAUGCUAGCUCUUGCACUUGGUCGCCCUCUGGGAGUCAAUGAUUCUGAUUGCGACGUUGAAUUACCCGUCGACGUUGAUGAUGAUCAUCUGCCAGAAUACUUCACUGGCGCUCCAAUGACUCAGAGGCAGCCCUCCUUGAUGACCGGCACUAUCGCUCUCAUCAAACUUUACGAAAUCGGAGGGCGAGUGCUUAGGCAGGUCUACGCCUUGGAGAACUGCAAGGACCAUCUCGAGCCCGAGCGCAAAGCCGAUCUGCAGAAGACUGUUGAAUCGCUUGAUACCGAGUUGACGAAGUGGUGCGACAACCUACCUACCGUUUUCAAAUCCCAAUCGGAGACUGAAGAGCAAGUAUCGAUGGGCGCCGUCCUUUGCAGCCACUAUUACUCUGUGCUCACCACCCUCCAUCGCAAUCUCCUUCCCGUCAAGCGCGAUCAACCUGUGACGGCCAAGUCGACAGUAAAGGCCGUGUCGUCCGCUCGAUCAUGCAUUCGACUGGCGCCCUCGAUGAAGCAUGUGGUCCCCCCUUCUCAUCACCUUGCCUUUUUCAUUCAGCACCUCUUCAGCUCCGCGGUCAUUGUCCUGCUUUAUGCUAUGCAUGCAUCAGACCCACGUGCUGCUACGGCUGCAAUGGAGGAAGCCAGAAGCACACUCAAUGCAUUGGAGUCUUGGGAAGGACAGUGGCCUGGUGCGAAGAAGUGUAAAGAACUGCUAGUUGACCUCGUCAACACUGCCAACGAGGCUAUAGCCCGCGGCCCGCGCGAGAAACCUAUCGCUUCUGCUCAAAGUUCAGCAGCAGGGCCCAGCAUUGUUCCAGCUGGCCAUGAACGCCGUCGUUCCGUCACUAUUGUGAACCCGUCUGCUAUAAGCGGUUCAUCUGGCCGCGCCGCCAAAGGAAGGACCAGGAGAACCCAGUCCCGCGACGCCGCUGGAUCAAGUAGGCGGCUGGCGGCUGUGUCCCCGUAUCGUGUCGAUGGAGGUCAAAGAGCAAGAUCCACUUCCAGGAAACGUGGGCAUGAUGAGUCCGACGGCUUGGAGCGAACGUCCGCCGGCCCAUUCUACCAGCCGUUCCCAAGCCCAAGAUCAGCGAAUCGUCCUGGUUCCAGCACCCACAGUUCCCCUGCUUCCGUCAAUCUGCCAUCCCCGGCAAUGCCUCCUGUAGCCGUAACCGAGUCCACCCAGCCUCCAGAUCCAAACCCCCAGCUAUCCUCGAAUAAUUACUCAUUCGCAUCACCGUUAUCGCCGGCUCAACUCCCUUCACCUCACCGUUACGAGUUCGAGUAUGGUGUCCAGCCGAGUCCUCUCAGCCAGUCCAAUGUUCAGCAAUGGAACGGGAACGGCGACCAGAUGUUAACAGGCAAUGAUCAAACACUAUACAAUCACCCCUUCAGCUCAUAUGCGUCUCCUCUUGACGGCUAUCCUGGCUACGAUCCAACAUCUGACCUCUCUGCUGGUCUGGGUGGCAUGUCAUCUUCUCCCUCGUCGUCGCAAUUCGCGACUGGCCUACCUUUCCGCGGACUCGACUUCAUCAGGAAUUACAACCCUGGAUAUGUAUCAGACCAGGAUGCCCUGUGGCAGAGCUACGAUCCAGGUGCAUUCGGCUACGACCCAGAACUACCCUUCACGCUCGGCGAUACUAAUUAUGAGCUACAUGAAAAUGUGCUCCAUCAACCGUAG